CAGUUAUAAUUAAAUUUCAUCCCGCAACCUGCAACCUGCAACCUGCAAAAUAAACCUGCCAAACUGGCUGCCUCAAUAUAGUUAUAUAGUUAUUGAGAUUCUGUUGUUAUUGAGAGUCUUUCAAAGUCAUGCGGCAUUGUUCCAGAGAAAAAGCCAGAAAGCCAGAAUUCCUGACACGAUUGAAAUGAAAUUCCGCCCGCUAGUUUAUGACACUCUUUAUUCAGGUCAGUUGUGUAGAACUGAUCUUUUCUCUCCAAAGCAAGUUGUUUUGUAUUCAAGCAAAGUAAUUUUGAUUCAAGCGUCAAUGAACAGUUCAAUAAUGUUUGUUAUAUUUUCCCCUAGGUCACCCUGUUAAACAAGCUAAAAUAGAAGUGCAAGUUUAUAUUUCAGCAAUGGCGGAAAGUCAAAACACAUCACCUUUUGAUGUUAACCUGGAUUUUGAUGAUGACACUUUAAAAGCGAUAGCCCAAGUGUACAGUAACAGAGCAGCUGCUCAUUUCCGUUUGGGAAAUUUCCAGGAAACACUAAAUGAUGCAACAGCCGCUGUUACUUUGCAACCAACUUUCAUUAAAGCCAUAGAAAGAGGAGCAAGUGCUUGUGUAAAACUAAAGCGUUACGAGGAAGUCACGACCUGGUGUGAUAAGGGAUUGGCAAUUGACAACAACAACAAGACAUUAGUUGAUUUACGGACCAAGUGUGUCAGUGAACCUAAUACAUUACAAGAAACAAAGAGACAGAACAUGAAGAGAAUGCCUGUCACUCACACUGCAACAGGCCAGGUAAACAUUGUUACUAUAAAAGGAGGAUUGGUGUAAGAAAAUCGUAUUGAAGCUUUCAUGGGAAAGCGGAACACCAUCGAAAUAAUUUUGUUUUCUACCCUCUCGUAUAUCAUCCCUCCAGUAAAUGUCUAGUCCUAUAUAAAAAAAAGACUCACCAGCGAAAGUCGAAUGGGAUUUUUAAACAGAAAGCUACAAUACACAAGAAGAGUGCCGCGGGUAAAAGGUUUUCCCAAAGUGCGAAAUCAUCCAGUCAAAAAGAUGGUAUUUAUAAAAACUGAGAAAGCUAUUUUAUGUUUAACAAUUAUUCGCCAAAUGCGAAGUAGACAUUGGUAAAUAUUUACCAAUAUAUUUACCAAUGCUCACUGAGCUUGAGCCAAAUAACUGUUUUAGUACAAUUUUCAGAGGUGAAUAUCAAGAACUACAAAAUAACGGACUGAGACACAAAACCACAGACGUGAUUAUUCGCCUGUUUUCUCAUAUACAGCCGUCGUAAGCUUUACUCAUCGGGUUAGGCAUUGAAACAUAAAAGCAAAACUCUGCGAAAAAUAAAUUCAUCCGUUACCUUUGUUAUAUCGUUGUUAACUUCAUUCCCAGUUUACUCACCGUCUAAACAGGAGUAGCUUCAGUUUCAACAAAACUAAUAUUCGAUCACUUGAUCUGACCUGCUGGCGAUCAACGAAACCACUGCGUUUACGAUUCUUAGAAGCCUCGAAUACGAGCUUUUGAAAACAUUUCUUGUCUAAGGGCAGCAACAAUCAUUUUAGAACUAACCCAUGAUUUCAAAUAUUCCGAACCUGGAGUGAUGUCUUUCAAAUCAAUAUACUAAAAUUUCAUUCAGCAACUGUCCGCCAUGUUUACUUGCCAAGAUGGCAAAGAUACUGCGCUUAGUAACCAAGCUUUGGAAAUGUAAUAUUGGCCGCCUGGCGCGGUGAAUAUAGCGUCCAAUUCUUAUAUUCACCUCUGUAGGUUAAUCGAAAAUAUAUGAGUACAAGUUGAUCUUGGUGUUUUAAGCAAUCUGAUUGGUUCGCUAUCUCUGGCUAUUAAAUUCUCAACCUCGAAUAUUCAUGCAAGUCAAGCUUUCUGAUUGGUUCACUGUAUCUCGGUUACCAGCCAUUAUACCAGGGUUUGACUUUAUAUAGAAAUGAUUGCGGUAAAUGUCGCUCGGCAUACAAUUUUUCUGCGGGAAGCCAAAUUGCGUCGACAAAAAAUGGAUGAAAAACAAAAACAGACUAGGUGAGCCAUCUACAGACGAAAUAUAAAAAAUUACGGAGAAUGCCGCCCCAGUAACAACGAGAAAGCCACAAAGAUCGGAAUGAGAUAAAAUUUCAAAGAUGAACGUCGAGGUUGUUUUCAUUCAUGAAGAUUACGUGACAACAGCAAUUUUUACCUUAAUGUUACUGAAUGGCUUGCUUGUCCUGGUGGCACCAAAUUUUUGAAGAAGAGAUGUCGCAAGAAGAACUGAAUGUUUUUCUGAAGAGUUUUUACACGUCUACGCAGAAGAAAGAUGGCAAGUCAGUUUACAGAAGUCCACGAAUGAAAUCCAUCUGAGAACCACCAUUCAUCAUUUCCUUCGCUUGACGCUGCCCAACAAACCGUUUUCCAUUAUCUCUGACUCCGCUUUUACUGAGACAAAUAAAGUAUUAGAACAUUUGUAAAAGAACUCACGAAGACGAGCAGCAUUGCCGACGUAGUCCAUAACAAACCAAUUUCGAAUCAGCAGAUGAAGGAACUGAUUCGACAGCGGCGAACUCGGACCGUCAGAGAGCAAAAUCCCGCACAGCUACAGAGGACGACCUGUUUUACCUCUGUCUCUUUUCUUGCCGACGAGGACGAGAGAAUCAACGCCAGCUAGCGCCAACAAUUCUGUCCUUGUGAACCGAAGUCGGCCCGGUUCUUUACCAGCCACGAAAAACCAUCAGGGUGGCCUCGGAGAAACUGAGGAUGAAUCCGACGCUAAGAUAUUUUCUGUCGCUGACUCUGAAACAGGCCAGCAAUCAGCUCCACACAUCCAGCUCGAAAUGCCAAGGCAGUCACAGCAAGGGAACGCUGAAAGAGUUCUUGUCGAGAACAAUUUUGGCACAACGUCUGUGUCACAUGGCGAUCAAAGUUUUCUGCAGUAUUUUUACAACUGCAACUGUGCAAGUGCAUAAUUAUUACUUAGCUCUUAUUAACCGAGCGGGAGGUCUGUAUGGGAGAAUCUUGAUCGAG